AUGUUUCGCAUUACAGCCGUUUGUUUUCUUGUUUUAGCUAUACAGGUUUUUGGAUUGCCUGAAUACAUCGACAACCUCGACCAUGAUUUGUCAGUUUUACCUGAAGAGUAUCAAAGUUUAGGUGAACAAUUGAGAUCGAAGCUGGCCGGCGACGCUAAACGAGAUACUGAUGCAUAUUGCUGCACAAAUUGGCAACAUGUCAACAAUGAUGAAGUGCAUACAAAAGUUGUGACAACGUUAGUACCACAAAGUCAUACGAUUACCGUUGGUUAUCAAGAUUGUCAUGGCAAUCUCAAUCCAGUUCGUCCAACUGUGCCAAUUCCAAGUACGACAAAACGCACACCUGGCAAUCCUACCCGCCCAACAAAAGCACCAAGUUCACUUGAAUCAACUACUGGAUGUAUGUGGACUGCAGUGAAUAAAACUGAAACCUAUAUGACUACCGAAUAUACAGUUGUUACUUAUCUCGUACCUAACUCUCAUACAUUCUGUGCGCCAGAAGAUUACAAAUGUUGUUCUGGUUAUGUUCUUCUCAACAAUAAUUGUAUUCAUGGAUCGACUAUUCCUGAUCUUGAAUUUCUCAUGCAACUCGGUUUAAUUGGUAUUGGGAAGAAAUAA